ACCUGGGUAAACUGGUUACCAGAAUGCAAUUGGAAAGAUCCGAAGUGGCCUUUUUUAUUUACACCAACGGCAACACUCUCAGAUCGAACCUGACGCAGAGAUUCUCCAUUACUGACCAGGACCUUCACAACAUGAACACAUGGCCACUGGUGUCCGUACCUAGAGAUGAGAGCAAGACACAGACGUACGACGUAGUGAGCAAGGAGGCCUUUCAGGCACGCUUGGAAGAUUUCAGACAGAAGAUAAGUUCAGAGGAGAGCAGCAUCACUGAGGUAAUGGCAUGGUACACGAGCGUGAACGCCGCUAUGUUGGACCAUUUGACUAAUCAGAUCAAGGAAACGGACAAUAGCGGUGUAUGGAGAUAUCUGAUAGCCUUUAAGAAUCUCUUGCGAAGUAUUGAGAGUCUCGGUAUCGCAUCUGUGGAAGGGAUUAAUUACUUUGGUCGCGGUAUUCUCAUCGGCGACAAUUACAUCAGUUACGUUCGCCAGGAGGCACUCGGACGCGAUCUUCUGAACGCCGCCCUAACAUACGUGCCUUCUCUCAGGAAGCUUUACGAUGAACUCACAGUUACCAUGCCUGACUACGAUCGGCUCAAAGCAAGACGGGACGAAAUCUUGCGAAAUCAAAAGAGAGAACCGAGCGUGGAGGAUGCGAUUGCAUACUUUGACGAGAUGGCUACUUACAUUGAUGAGCUGCGUAAGCUGCAGCGGGAAUUGCGUCAUAUGAUAAGGGAAUAUGUCAAUUCAACAUUGCAAGACGCGAGCAACAAGGAAGUCGCGGGGAUCGCUAUCGUUGUUCUAGUGUUAGUUGUGUCGCCCAUCAUCAUCAUACUGAUGCGUAAUGCCGUCGCUACUAUUCAGAUGUACGCCGCAAAUUUGGCACAAAAAGCACGUGAACUCAAACGCGAAAAAAGAAAAAGCGACACAUUACUUUUUCAAAUGCUUCCACCUAGUGUCGCUCAGCAACUCAAACAGACUCAGCAGGUGCCAGCAGAAUAUUAUGAAGCGGUGACGGUCUACUUCAGCGAUAUAGUUGGUUUUACGGAGAUCGCCGCGGAAAACACGCCUCUUGAGGUUGUAACAUUCCUCAACUCGAUCUACAAGCUAUUCGACGCGCGCAUCGAGUGUUACGAUGUGUACAAAGUGGAGACCAUUGGAGACUCUUAUAUGGUCGCUUCCGGAUUACCUGUUAGAAAUGGAGAUAAACAUGUGUCGGAGAUCGCUACGAUGGCGUUGGAUCUGUUAGCAGCUUCGUCCGUCUUUCAAGUGCCCAAACGUCCCGGCGAACGACUUCAGAUACGAAGCGGAGCUCACACCGGACCCGUCGUGGCGGGUAUCGUAGGCAGCAAGAUGCCUCGUUAUUGUCUCUUUGGAGAUACCGUGAAUACCGCGAGUCGCAUGGAGUCGACCGGCGAAGCUCUGCGUAUUCACAUCAGCUUAGAGAUGAAGAAGGCGCUCGAUGCGGUGGGCGGUUUUAAGAUCGAGCAUCGUGGUCUUGUCGACGUGAAGGGCAAAGGUCUCAUGGAUACUUAUUGGUUGGAAUGCAAAGACGGUGGCAUUGCACGCGCUGCCGAGCUGGACCUGCCGUCUUUCUUUGAAGAUGUACGACCGGUCUUCAUGCGUCGUCUACGUGAAGAGGGCACCCUCUGAUGUGAGCCGUAUU